AUGCGCUUGGUCGCCGAUGUGGUCGGGAAUGGAGCUGGUCAAUGGCGUGGCAUGGCGUCGUGGAAAUACGUCCUAUGUAGUGCUAUUUUUGUUCGUAUCCGAGGGUCUAUGGUUAAACGAAGCAGGCUUUCCUCUCGGAUUUCCUCUUCUCUCUCCUCUCAUACUUCGUGGGGGUUGGCUCUGAAUGCUAUAUUAAUGAUGCCAUUCACUUUUUCAUUUCUACUGGUCAGACAAGUGAGUUGCUCGCAGAGCGGAAUAUGUUGUAAUGAGAUUGAUGUAGAAAUGAACUAUCGAUGUGCGAAUCGACUAAGACAUAUAUUCUGCACACUAUGUAUGAGAAGCCAAUUUAGGAUAUCAAAGAACGAUGCCACGCCGAAAUCUUCCAUUUUUGCUUUCCUACUUAGGUCCGCUCAGCUCAGCUCUGAUAAUUUUCAGCUAAGACGACUAUGGCGCUCACAGAUAGUCAGACAGCCAAUGAGCGCAUCAUAUUCCACAAAGAAUCCAGAUACAAGCUUUGCUCUCGCCUUGUUGUCAUCGUAUAACCUAGAAAUUGGCUAUGCGGAAGUGGUUAAGAGAUUAACGGCUGAGGUAUUUAAGAAGGGCUAUCCUUCCGGUCACUGGGCCAUCGGCUUUGCAACCAACAUUUUAGCGGACCCACCCUUUACUAUAACUCACAUCCACGACCCAAACCCUCGAACCCGCAAAGUCACCAUGCUAAAAUGCCUACCAUUUCUGAAAGGAUUCAAGAAAGCAAAAUUUCCCGCUGGAAUCAUCAUUGCAAUCGUAAUCGCGCUUCUCGUCAUCGGCGCAAUCGGUUUUGGGAUUUCAUUAUUGGUGUCCAGGCGGAGACUCAAGAAGAAAGCAGAGAAGGAGGAGAGGGAGAAGCAGAUAAAGGGGGUAGAGAUGGGUCAGGUUGAAGGAAGUGUGGGAGGCGUGCAGGGAAAGCAGAUGGAGGGCGUAAUUAAGGUGGUUGGAGUGGGGGAUGAAGUUGAGGAGUGA